AUGCAGUGUGGAUAUAACUUUUUUGCUCUUCCUCUGCCGGCGAGCAUACUACUUGCAGUCGAAGGGGAAGUGGCUUCUCCGCCGCACACAGUUGCACAUAGGAUGCCCCCGAACGCUCGCCUGCGCAUUCGCCUCAUUGGCCCCAGCGGACACAAGUCUGAGUAUCACUGUGCCACGCUGCUUGGGAACUGGCAGGAGGAGCGAAUGUCAUUUGGCCUGAAGGACCCCGCGAAGGAGCCGCUAGAAGGCCAGACGACAUAUUUAGCGUCAUACAGGGGCACCAAUAACGACGAGGAACUUCUUGCAGCUAAGCCCCCUGGAUGUUUUUGCGCCGAAGCACCUGUGCAGCUUCUUUUCUACCACGGCGACAUCGUUGCGCCACCGCAGAGCCAGUUCACCGUACACGAGCUUAGUUACACCCGUCCGACGAGGGACGUCGGGGCAAACCCACCCAAGACCAUCCUGGACAAGGAAGGCAUAUCUCAGCGGCGGGAGAAAACAGAGGCACUGCGCCGUGCCAUGGGAUUCAGUGGGCAUCGGACCGCCGUUGGAGCUCCGUCCUCCCUCGGAAGAAACACAGAGGCGGCACCUUUGGCGUAUAGCACAAGGUGUGCCACAGAAAGGGACAACGAAUAUACGCGAACACCGCGUCGUGGACACUAUCAGCCAGCAAAGCUCCCGCCUAUUGGACGUCUACAGGCGAAGGAGCGGUUCCUGACAACCAAAAAUGUCACUUUUGAUGCAACAGGAGAAUACCUCAAAGACAACAUUGACGAAUACCCUGCAGCAAGUAGUGAAUGCUGGGGGCAGUUUAUGGCGUACAAAGACGAUCCCAUGAACAGAACAAGGUUGCGGGAGGAAUAUGAACGAUGA